AUGCGCGGAAACCCGCCGCUCUUUGUCACCCUGCUGCUUCUGCAGACGCUCGCGCCACGGGCGCUGGCCAGCAGCCGCGAGCGCUCGCCGUUGGUGUCGCGCGCCUCGGCCCGCUCCGUGGCCCGCAUGGACGGCGACGUGAUCCUCGGCGCGCUCUUCUCCGUGCACCACCAGCCGUCGGCGGAGCGCGUGGCCGAGCGGAAGUGCGGCGACGUGCGCGAGCAGUACGGCAUCCAGCGCGUGGAGGCCACGUUCCACACACUGGACCGCAUCAACGCCGACCCGCACCUCCUGCCCAACAUCAGCCUCGGCUGCGAGAUCCGCGAUUCGUGCUGGCACUCGUCUGUAGCCCUCGAGCAGAGCAUCGAGUUCAUUAGAGACUCCCUCAUUUCCAUCCGCGACGACUCUAAAGAAGGCUCCAAGUGGUGCGUCGACGGUACACCCUCGAGCCACCCGCCGCCCUCCAAGAAGCCCAUCGCGGGAGUCAUCGGGCCCGGGUCCAGCUCUGUGGCUAUCCAGGUGCAGAACCUGCUGCAGCUGUUCAACAUCCCGCAGAUCGCCUAUUCGGCCACGAGCAUAGACUUGAGCGACAAGACGCUCUUUAAGUACUUCCUGCGGGUUGUACCAUCCGACACGCUCCAAGCGCGUGCUAUGCUCGAUAUCGUUAAGCACUACAACUGGACUUAUGUUUCUGCUGUUCACACAGAAGGCAACUAUGGUGAAAGUGGCAUGGAGGCAUUUAAGGAACUAGCAGCAGAAGAGGGUUUGUGCAUUGCACACUCUGAUAAGAUCUACAGCAAUGCAGGAGAGAAGCACUUCGAUCGCCUACUGAGGAAGCUGCGCGAGCGUCUACCCAAGGCCCGCGUGGUCGUCUGUUUCUGCGAGGGCAUGACGGUGCGCGGCCUUUUAAUGGCCAUGAGACGACGGGGAGUUUCUGGAGAAUUUCUGCUCAUUGGCAGUGAUGGAUGGGCAGAUCGUGACGAGGUGGUGGAGGGAUACGAGCAGGAAGCAGACGGAGGUAUCACUAUGAAGCUGCAGACAGAGGAAGUGAAGUCGUUUAACGACUACUUCCUAAAGCUGCGCCUGGACACUAACACCAGGAAUCCGUGGUUCUCUGAGUUCUGGCAGUACCGCUUCCAGUGCCGCAUACCUGGCCAUCCUCAGGAGAACCUGAACUACCAAAAAAUCUGUACAGGACAUGAGAGCUUGAAGGACAACUAUGUUCAGGACAGUAAGAUGGGCUUUGUGAUCAAUGCGAUCUACGCAAUGGCUCACGGACUCCAUGAUCUGCAUCGAGACCUGUGUCCAGAUCAUGAAGGCCUGUGUGAGGCAAUGGACCCCAUCGAUGGCAGCAAACUCUUAGACUACCUGCUCAAAACCUCCUUCACUGGCGUCUCUGGAGAGGAGGUGUACUUCGACGAGAAUGGAGACUCUCCUGGCAGGUAUGACAUUAUGAAUUUGCAGUAUGUAGAGGAGCUGGGUCGCUAUGACUACAUCAACGUGGGCUCGUGGCAUGAAGGUCUACUGAGCAUUGAUGAUUACAUGCUGAUGACCAACCGCAGUGAGAUGGUGCGCUCCGUCUGCAGCGAGCCUUGUUCCAAGGGCCAGAUCAAGGUGAUCCGGAAAGGUGAGGUGAGCUGCUGCUGGAUCUGCACUACCUGCAAGGACAACGAGUACGUGCAAGACGAGUUCACCUGCAAGGCCUGCGAUCUGGGCUGGUGGCCCGAUAAUGAACUGGCAGGAUGUAAACCUCUUCCUCUCAAACACCUGGAAUGGGGCAGCGUCGAGUCCAUUGUAGCAGUCGUCUUCUCCUGCAUGGGCAUCCUUGUGACUCUCUUUGUAACCUUCAUCUUCAUCCAGUACAGAGACACUCCAGUGGUCAAGUCAUCAAGCCGUGAGCUGUGCUAUAUUAUUCUGGCGGGGAUCUUCUUGGGGUACAUUUGCCCUUUUACCCUGAUUGCACGGCCUACGUUGAUCUCGUGCUACCUACAGCGCCUCCUAGUGGGCCUUUCAUCAGCAAUGUGCUACUCAGCAUUGGUUACCAAGACUAACCGCAUUGCACGCAUCCUGGCUGGCAGUAAAAAGAAGAUCUGCACUCGCAAGCCUCGCUUCAUGAGUGCCUGGGCACAGGUAGUUAUUGCCUUCAUCCUCAUCAGCCUGCAGCUCACACUGGAGGUUGUGCUCAUUGUGCUGGAGCCUCCCGAGCCAGUCAAGAGCUACCCAAGCAUUAGGGAAGCCUACCUCAUCUGUAACACCAGUAACUUGGGAGUGGUGGCACCAUUGGGCUACAAUGGCCUGCUCAUCCUGAGCUGCACCUACUAUGCCUUCAAAACACGCAAUGUACCAGCCAACUUCAACGAGGCCAAAUACAUUGCCUUCACCAUGUACACCACGUGCAUCAUCUGGCUCGCAUUCGUGCCCAUCUAUUUUGGCUCCAAUUACAAGAUCAUCACCACCUCAUUCUCAGUCAGUCUGAGUGUCACUGUGGCUCUGGGCUGCAUGUUUACACCUAAGAUGUACAUCAUCAUCGCCAAGCCAGAGCGCAACGUCCGCAGCGCCUUCACCACAUCAGACGUGGUGCGCAUGCACGUGGGAGAUGGCAAGACAGCUGCUGCGUGCCAGAGCAACAGCUUCCUGAACAUGUUCCGCAGGAAGAAGAACAAUGCCAACAGCAGCAACACCAAUCCUAAUGGAAAGUCUGUGUCAUGGUCUGAAUCAGGUGCCCGGCCCCAGGGGAGGGGGUCGAGUGUGUUCCACAGACUGUCUGUGCAUGUGAGGAGGCAAGCAGUCGGCCAGAGUCAGACGGCAGUCAUCCGACCCCUAACUAACGCCUCGCAAUCCCUGCAACCCGAAUACGACCCUGGACUUGACACAGACCACAACGGCUCACAACCUCACACCAAGGUUCACUACAACAUUGAUGAGGAGGGCGACAUACAAGGAACAACCCCAGAUAGGAGGGAGCCAGCCUCCUACUCACCUGCUCACCUCAUGGGCCUCACCUCUGAUCCCCUAGAUGGGGGCCAAGUGGAUACACUAAGCUCUAAUGUUAGGGCUUUCGAUGAAAUGGUGGGCAACAGUGUAAGCUGCCCUGCUUACAAUCCACUGUCCAAUCAGCUACCUCUGCCCCUGCAGGGGGAGAUGUUGUCUGAGGAAGGUUCAGAAAUGGAGGCUCUUGACCUUAUUCAUGGCUUCCUGUAUGACAGUACUGUACAGGAAGAAGAGGAGGAAGAGGGGGAAGAGGGCAGACAGGAAGAGUUGACUCAAAGCAAGCUUACUCUCCUCGCCCCACCCUCGCCUUUCAGGGACUCACUGCAUUCAGGCAGGUCAAUCCCAGGAUCACCUGCCUUUGAUAACGAACCAAACGCCUCCCAAGAAGCAACCUACACUCCCAAACAAAGCUCUUUUACACUGUGA